AUUGAAGAUAAUGUAAAAGCUGGAUAAGCAAACGCAGACAUGGAUAUGAAUUACAGCUCGGACUUUCUGAUUAGGAUUAGGCACGUCUAAUUUUGCCGUACCUUUUUAAACUGGCUAACCAAAACGACACCGCUGCGAUUGCGAAGCUAAACAACACGUAGUCGUAGAGAGAGAGAGAGUGAGAAUUCAGAAAUGCUACGAAACUUGGGUAGAAGAAUUCAGUUACCGGCUUCAAGCCGAUCAAUUCCACAGCGGCGGCGUCAGAAUUUACCCGCCUGCCCGACCCGAGACUUGUGUUCCAGUGUUCUGCCCGAUACACUGGACCGUACCUCCGCGUCCUAUGCCCGCAACUCUGAAGCCAUGGAAGGCCUAAUUUCUCAACUACACUCGCAUAUUCAGCAGGUGAUGAAUGGCGGAGGACCGGAGGCUGUGAAGCGGAACAGAAGUAGGAAUAAGCUUCUUCCUAGAGAGAGAAUUGAUCGUUUGAUUGAUCCUGGUUCUUCGUUCCUUGAGCUUUCUCAGCUUGCCGGCCAUGAAUUAUAUGAUGAUCCAUUACCAUCCGGUGGAAUAAUUACUGGUUUUGGUCCCGUGCAUGGGAGGCUUUGUAUGUUUGUUGCCAAUGACUCCACUGUAAAAGGUGGGACAUACUUUCCCAUCACUGUCAAGAAACAUCUUAGGGCACAAGAGAUUGCUGCUCAGUGCAGGUUACCCUGUAUGUAUCUUGUGGAUAGUGGAGGUGCUUUCCUUCCAAAGCAGGCUGAGAUCUUUCCAGACAAAGAAAAUUUUGGUCGUAUCUUCUAUAAUCAAUCUCUCAUGUCGGCGGAAGGCAUCCCUCAGAUUGCAUUAGUACUCGGCUCUUGCACAGCUGGUGGGGCUUACAUACCUGCUAUGGCUGAUGAAAGUGUAAUGGUGAAAGGGAAUGGAACAAUAUUUCUGGCUGGACCUCCACUUGUAAAGGCUGCUACUGGAGAGGAAGUUUCUGCUGAAGAUUUGGGGGGUGCAUCAUUGCAUUGCAGGACAUCGGGUGUUUCAGACUAUUUUGCUCAAGAUGAACAGCAUGCACUGGCUAUUGGCAGAAAUAUAGUAAAAAAUCUGCAUAUGGCUGGAAAUAUGGGUACACAGCACCAGGGAGUAUCUGAUUUCAAGGAGCCUCUCUAUGAUGAGGCUGAACUCCGUGCCAUUGCACCAACCGACCUUAAGCAGUCAUUUGAUAUCCGAUCAGUUAUUUCACGUAUUGUUGAUGGUAGUGAAUUUGAUGAAUUCAAGAAACUGUAUGGAACUACACUUGUGACAGGCUUUGCAAGAAUAUUUGGGCAACCUGUUGGUAUUAUUGGGAAUAAUGGUAUUCUGUUCAAUGAAUCUGCUGUGAAAGGAGCUCAUUUUAUUGAAUUAUGUACUCAACGAAACAUCCCGUUGAUCUUUCUUCAGAAUAUCACUGGAUUUAUGGUUGGCUCUAAAUCUGAGGCUAAUGGCAUAGCAAAAUCUGGAGCUAAAAUGGUGAUGGCAGUCUCUUGUGCAAAGGUUCCAAAGAUUACAGUGGUUGUUGGUGGAAGCUUUGGAGCUGGAAACUAUGCAAUGUGUGGGCGAGCAUACAACCCUGAUUUCAUGUUCUUUUGGCCAAAUGCUAGAAUAUCUGUAAUGGGUGGACCUCAGGCUGCCGGCGUGCUGGCUCAGAUAGAAGGGGCCAGCCGGAAAAAGAGUGGAACCCCGUGGAGCAAGGAAGAGGAGGAGAAGUUCAAGGCAGGAGUGGUGGAGGCAUAUGAUCGAGAGGGCAGUGCAUAUUAUUCGACAGCAAGGCUUUGGGAUGAUGGGAUCAUCGAUCCAGCUGAUACAAGAAAAGUGUUAGGCCUCUGCCUUGCUGCUGCCACCACAAACCGCAAGUCUGAGAGCACUAAGUAUGGUGUCUUCAGAAUGUAAUGCUGAUCAUGGGUCUUCAUCAUCUCCGACAACUGGCCACAAUUAGCAUGCGCUCACUCCCGCAGAGGGUACCAAAUAGUUGGGGUUGAUUUUUGUUGGGAAAUAUACACAAAUACUUCCGCCCAUUAUCAAAUCGAAAGCAAUAUCAAAGAUAUAAAUUAUCUAAGACGGAAAAAAAUAAUGACACCGAUAUUUAACGUGGUUCGGCCAAACUGCCUACGUCCACGGACCCACCCCAAUAUAUUAGAGAAUCUCACAAAGGAGGAGUACAACAAUACCACACUGUAUUUUGUAUCUUGCCUACACAGAGGCUAUCUCUCGACUCACUUUUAUCACUCGUGUUUAACUUUCACACUGAAGUUUUCUCUCA